AUGUAUUGCAGAGGGGCAAUUAAUGUUCAUCCUUCGUUACUCCCAAGAUGGAGAGGAGCGUCUCCAAUUCAAUUCGCUUUGCUGCAUGGUGACAAUGUGACCGGCGUGACGAUUGCUGAUGUUUUGCCAGAUAAAUACGACAGAGGGCGUAUAUUAAUGCAGGAAAGUUUAAAGUUAUUACGAGCAUUGUUAGAUUUAGCGAAUUUGCAUCGGAAAGCCCAGAAGCAGAAUGAAAGGAACGUAACUUAUGCAAGUAAAAUUAAUCAAAAUAUGGAUUGGAUUAAUUGGUCUGAACAUAGUAAUAAAUUCAUAAAUAGAAUGUGGAGAGCCCUUGGUUACCAGAAGGGCUUAAAAACAACAUGGAGGGGAACCGUUGUGAAAUUAAUAGAUUUUUGUUAUCUUGAGAAUUAUGAAGCUAAUUUAAGUGAUAUAAACCAUACGAACAUGAAGCAUGGAUUCGUUAAAUAUGAUGAGGAUUUAAACGCAAUUAUUAUUAAAUGCAAGGAUGGUCUAGUGGCUUUUAGGAAAGUUCAGUUUGCAUGUCGAAAAGUAAUUACUGCUUUGGAUUUUUAUAAUGCUUAUUUAACACGAAUAGAAGAAUCGAAACGAUAUUUUGGUGCACCUGGCAAUAGGCCCACUUAA